AUGCUUGCGGCGCGAGACCAAGAGAACCUGGUCCACGGUCAUCAAGCAGCAGCGGCUUCAAAGCCGCUCAAUCAAGGAGCCAGACAGCUUGCGCCAAAGACUCCGGCCAAAGCACCCAAGACACCCUUCAAGGUUCCAUUGAACGAUGAAAACAAUGCUGGGGCUCUUGGAGGGGGGAAGGGAGGGUUGAAGACCCAUGGCAAGGGCAAUGAGAACAUGAUCCUUGGGGCGAAGAAGGGAGGCCUGGGAGACAAGACUGCCUUUGUUACACCGAUGGCCCCGCGAACUCGAGCGCCUCUAGGCAUGAAGACAACCAACGCAAAAGCCUUUCAAACGCCCGCUCCACCUCCGGCUGACAAUGAUCUGGGCAAGACUAAUCAGAAGAGUGUGUCAGCGCGAAAGGCAAAGCCGAGGAUUUCACAUGCUGAGAUGACCAAGUUGGAGGUCUUGGGUGACAAGGAUGUACUGAAAGAAAGGGAGAUCGAGUACAUGCCACCAAAGGCGAAAAAUCUACCUGAUUAUCCGGACGAUCAUGUUGAACUCAAUCUAUCCAUGUUCGAAGGAGAGAACAGGAUGAGAGGGGCCUGGAGCCAUUUCAUGACUAGGGAAGGGCCUGACGGACUAAGUCAUGCCGAGCGAGAGGAGCAACGACUGCAAAGGAUCUAUGACAUAGCUGACAGGAAAAUGGAGGCUCUUAUGCAACGAGAUAUUGACAGUAUGCCUAUUCCAUGCACGCACUAUCCAGAAUGUCCGACCGAAACAUGCAAAGAUACAGUCGAGGCAAGAAAAGCAGCAGAGGAGCAGUAUCAUGAGACCAUAGCAACGAUUGAGGCAGAGACUACACCAGCUACCAGAAAAUUGAUUCCAACCAAGGGACCAUCCACCCUCAAAUCCAAAGUCGCUGCAGCAUCAUUGUCUCUGCCUAAACAAUCUGGUCCUGCGUCGAAGACCGCCUCAAAGCCCACCUUUGCACCCGCUAAACCCCGUCUUACAACUUCCCUCGUUGCCCGGCCCAAGAACGCACCUGCGCCAACUAAUCCCUCACCUAUGCGUCAUAACGCCGCAGUAGCAGCCUCGAAGACGACAAUGGGCUACUCGAAAGGUCGCGCCACUUCUGCCACGCUCCGCAAGACUGUGGUGCCAAAGAAAGAUGUCAAGACUGGCUCAAAUGAGAUACCUGAUACUUCGUUGGCGCCAGCGGAGUACAUUCGGCGUUAUGGUGUACCCCGAGUCGGUAGCGAGAUGUGGAUUCGCUGUAGGGCCGCGGGAUGCUUCGAUGAGGAUGAGGGGCCAAGUUUGGAGGAGAUCUUUGCAGGCGAUCAUCCGCAUGGGUUGGACACGCUUUUAAGAGAGGAAGCAGAGCAGGAGUUUCAAUUGACGUUUUGA